AUGGCAAGGUUAAUCGUACUAUUCUCUCUGCUAAUUCCUGUUGUUCAGCUUCUCAUAGUCUCGAACUUUAGUCAACUAACCCUGAGUAUAGAAUCACUUAGUCGAGGUCUCGAGAGCAAGACCAAUAUUAUUUACACUGAGGACAAGCAACCCCUUGACAUCUAUGCCCAGAUUAGUCAAACCCUCAAGCACAAUCCGAGCAUAUUGCUCAGUCAAAAUGUCACUCAACUGAUCAGUAGCACUAUUAAUCCUACCAAACCGCUUUUGAUGAUCCUACUUCAACUUGAUCCAAACAAAACCCUGCAGAUAUUUGAGCUGUUCCCGGUUGAAAUGCAGAGAGCAGACUUCCUUAUAGUAGGGUCUGCCAAUGCUGCUAGCUGGCUGAAUUUGCUAUCGACCCUUUGGCAACUGGGAUACCCCAAUGUGCUAAUCUUCAACAGCAGUCAAUCAACCACUGCAAGUGAUCAACUCUUUACUAGCGAUUCAUUUCCCAAUCAACGAUUGCAGUCAAGCAGCAUUGAUCACUAUCUCUGGGCCCGUCGUCAUUGGUUCGAUAAUCUCCGUGGUUGGAAGGUGAGAGUGGGACUGUACAACAAUCCACCCAGGACAUUGGUAUUUCCAGAACAUGACCUAUAUGGGGGCUAUGCGCUGUUGAUGCUUAAGGAAUUUUUGUGUCAUAGAAACGCCCAGUUUGUGCCGAAGCUGACGACAAACUUUACGGUUUAUUCUCCCACGGACUGUUUACAGAUGUUGCGUAGCAACCACUGCGAGCUGUGUGGCGAUCUCUUUGCCUACAACACUAACUACAGCUUUACGGAUAGCUACAUGUACUUGUAUGCCAACAUUCUGAUUCCCAAUGCAAAGCCCAAGUCCAAGAACUUUUACAUAUCGGCGCCAAUGCAGCUAAAGACUUGGCUCCUUGUAAUCAUUUAUGUGCUACUGAUCUCCGGAUUCAUCAGCUUUAUUGUUUGGCUACAACGUGGACGUUUUGAGUUUGGGAAACAAUUGUUGCAGAUCCUGGGCAGCUUAAUCUCAGGCAGCUUACAACUAAGAGAAAUACAGGGCAGAAUUCAUUAUAUUUUGUUCAUCGUAAUUGCACUGGGAGGCUUGAUAUGCUCCACCUACUAUCUGGCGUUUCUCAAGACCAUUCUGUCGACGGGUUUGUAUGAGCCCCAGAUAAAUAACUUUGAGGAAUUGGUUAGGCAGAAUAUCAGCUUCAUUGUUGGCGACUACGACAAGACGGUGCUCAAGUCCUACGACUUUCCCGAUAUUCUCUGGAACAUCACGCGUGUGGUUCCCUACGAUUUUAUAACGAAGCAUCGCCGCGUCUUUGAUCCCAACUACGCAUAUUUGGCCCACAGCGAUCGCCUGCUGCUCUUCAGUUUCCAGCAGCAAUACAUGAUGAAGCCACGCAUGCGUCCUCUGCCCAUCGAUAUCAUGCACUCCCUGCCCGGCUUCCCCAUGCGACGAGAGUGGCUGCUUAAGUUCAAGCUCAGCGAGGCGCUGCUCAACUGCUUUAACAGUGGCCUAAUGCAGAAACUGGCUGCCGACACCAAUCGACAGACGAUACACAUCGGCUACCUAAGCUUGAUGCCUUCGGAACGGUACGAAACCCAACCUCUGGCAUUGGACUACUUUGCAAUGCCACUGAAAAUCUUGUGCUCGGGUCUUGGCUUGGCUUUUAUCUGCUUUCUGUGUGAGUUACUCUGGCAAUGCGUUAAGCAGAAGAUUAAGAAUCGUUCUAGAACAACUGACGACAUAUACGACGAACAUAUACCCACUACCCGGUACCCGCAAACGAACGUGACUAUAUUGUCUCGCCUGAUCACCCUGAUCAAGAAUAUAUAUUCCUUAUGA